UCCAGCUGGUGGAUGUGGGGCUAGCCGGCUAGCUGUCUGCGCCGCCUUCGCCUCUUCUUUUCGGGGUGAAAAUACCGAGUAAAAGCCGGUGCCAGCCCAUCAGCGGCGGCCUAUCGCGCGGUGGCAAUGCCGGUACACUCGCGGGAGAAGAAAGAGAGCAACCACGAAGACAUGGAGGUGGAUUUCCCGGAGCAGGACGGCAGCAGCACGGACGAGGAGGACACCGUUAGCUCGUCGGUGUCUGAAGAUGGAGACAGCUCCGAGAUGGACGAUGAAGACUGUGAGAGGAGGAGGAUGGAGUGUCUGGAUGAGAUGACCACGCUGGAGAAGCAGUUCUCCGACUUAAAGGAGCAGUUGUACAAGGAGCGUCUGAGCCAGGUGGACAUCAAGCUCCAGGAGGUGAUGGCCGGCUGCGCUCAGGAGUAUCUGGAGCCUUUAGCCAACCUGCAGGAGAACAUGCAGAUCAGGACCAAAGUGGCCGGAAUCUACAGGGAGCUUUGCUUGGAGUCGGUGAAGAACAAAUAUGAGUGUGAGAUCCAGGCUGCUUGCCAGCACUGGGAGAGUGAGAAGCUGCUGCUGUUCGAUACAGUCCAGAGCGAACUGGAGGAGAAGAUCAGAAGACUGGAGGAGGACAGACACAGUAUCGACAUCACCUCGGAGUUGUGGAACGACGGAUUGCACUCACGGAAAAACAAGAAGAAAGACCCGUUCUGUCCCGUCAAGAAGAAGAAGCCUGUUGUUGUCUCCGGGCCUUAUAUUGUUUAUAUGCUGCAAGAUCUGGAUAUUCUAGAAGACUGGACCGCGAUAAGGAAGGCUGUGGCGUCGCUGGGGCCGCACCGGGUGAAGGUGGAUGCCCCGGCAGUCAAGCCUGACAGACAUCACCACGUGGCGCGCUCCGAGGACGGCCGGCUUUUCUAUGACAACCAGUGGUACUGCAGGGGACAGGCCAUCUGCAUCAACAGGAAGGACGAGUACCCAACAAGUGCCAUCAUCACCACCAUCAACAACGACGAGGUGUGGUUCAAACGGCUGGAUGGCACCAAGUCGAAGCUGUACAUCUCCCAGCUGCAGAAAGGCAAAUACACCAUCAAACACUCAUAAACACACACACACACACACACACACACACACAGAAGAAGACCAUUAUCUCUGCUGUGUUUUCUUUGUCUCCUUUCCUGUGAGGCCACACACACACACCUACACACACACACACACACGGUCAAUCCUCAACUCAUACCCUGUACAUAGGUUACUAUGAAUUUUAAAAAACAAAAAAAAAAUCUGAAAACAGACGUUUGCAGUUAAAGGAGGCGGCCCUCUCUGUAAAUAUGUACAUGUAUGUUGAUACAAGGUCACAAAGUGUCAUUUUCUCUGGAACGGAGAUCAAUGCAAAGUGCUGCUAAAAAGGAAAAAAAAAAAAAAAAAGAAGAAGAGAAAAACAGCAGUAGCAAACUGUGAAGCGCCAGAAACUCAAGUCGCGUGCCUUUCCGAGACGAGACGACGCUCCGGCUGACAGGAAGGAGAAGAAGAAGAAGAA